AUGGCGGCAGGUCCGGCGAAUGUGUUUAGAGAAUACAUCGGAGCCGAGUUUAACAACGUCAAAUUUUCAGACGUUCCGAUACGCUCAAAUAUUGAAGAGUUUCACUUUCUUCUGUCAUUUGCCAUCGACUUUGAUGCCUCCAGCCGUUCCUUCACCAACGGAGCUUUCGACGUUUUUUGGGACUCCGAUAAUCUUAACCCUUCUGCAGUUGCUUCCAUAAAAAAAGAUCAUUCAAAUGUGAGAGUGGGUGUAAGUCUUGGAGGAGACACAGUAGACAAUGGAGGUUUUGUUUUUUUCAAACCUUCUUCAAUACAUUCAUGGGUUUCCAAUGCUGAACAUUCACUCACUAAAAUCAUUAACACCUACAAUCUCGAUGGCAUCGACAUUGAUUACGAGCACUUCAAGUCGGAUCCGGACACGUUCGCCGAGUGCAUUGGACAACUAAUCAAAAGGCUAAAGAAGAAAGGAAUCAUCUCAUUUGCUUCCAUUGCCCCAUUUGACGACGAUGAAGUUCAAAGCCAUUAUUUGGCCUUGUGGAGAAGCUAUGGCCAUUUGAUAGACUAUGUUAAUUUUCAGUUCUAUGCUUAUGAUAAAGGCACAACUGUUGGUCAGUUUAUUCGACAUUUCAAGGACCAAGUCUCAAAUUAUGAAGGUGGUAGGGUUUUGGCAAGCUUGGCUAGCGACAAUAGCGCCGGCGGAUUAGUUCCCGAAAACGGGUUUUUUAAGGCGUGUCGGAGGUUGAAGAGGGAGAAACUACUCGAUGGAAUCUUUAUUUGGUCAGCAGAUGAUUCUAAAGCCAAAGGUUUUGGCUAUGAAAAGGAGGCUCAGUCACUUCUAGCAACACCCAACUAG